CACUCCAUUUUUUCGAAUUGCCAAAAUACUCAGUAGGUAAUGUAAAGUAAAUGUUUUUAGUUAUUUUUUAACGCUUUUCAACGCAAGCAAAACGAUAAAAUUUAAGUUAUUUUUACACUUUAAAAUACUGUUAAACAAAAUGGAUGAUUUGGAAAACAGUAUUUAUGAUUGCCCCUGCGAAAAAAACUUUUGCCCAGAAACGGAUGUUUCGGUGAAUCGUCAGCAGAUGAUGCUAUCGCAACCGGAACUCUGGACCCACCGGAAAACAGAGGCCAGCUUGAGGGUCUUGACCACGGUGAUGCUGCACACUUGGCGUCAGCGCCGGAAGGAGGUUCGUGAACUUCAGGAGGUGGUCCAGCGUCUUCAAUACAGCUCAAUGAAGUACAAGAACGAACUGCACGUGUAUGGCACUCUAAUGCGAGUGGAGCAAAAAAGGAACAGGGAACUGCAAGUGCAGCUAAAGCAAUCCGCGAUGAGCAUCGACCAGGUGAGGUCCUCCUGUGAACUACUCGCCUCUUCGGUCCGAAACCUAACAACCGAGAAAAUUCAACUGCAAUCAGAUCUGGAACAACGAUCACAGGAGUACGGCCAGCUGGAAGAGAUGUCUGGCCAGACCCAGAAGUUGCUGGCCACCGCCCACAUAGAGCAGUCCAAUCUGCGAAGACAGCUGACGAACGAGCAGCGAACCAGCCAGCACCUGCAGCGUGAAAAUGAAGGGCUUAUCAAGGAAGUGGUCCUGGCAGAGGGCAGGGAGGCCAAGUAUCGCCAGGUGAGGGACUGGUACCACCGAGAACUAGCGGAGAAGGAGAAACAAAUUCGGGCUCAGCGGAGAGACAUCUCCGAGCUGGAGGAGAGAUUGCUAACCAUCAGAAAGCAAACUGGUGAGCUUGAACAACUGCGUGAAAGUGCUGAACGCAUGACGGCCCAAACUGAAGAAUUGCGCCAGGAAUUAAGCCGUUCCCGCACCAGCUUCUUCAGCGUCCUUGGGGAACCUAGUAGCCGCCUUAGUCUCAGACGCCUCCACAGUCAUGUGCUUGCCCCCUUCCAGGAGAGCCAACUGUGGGUCAAGUUUCGCCGAUACUCGUCUAAUGUGAUGUAUUUGUUCUGUUUAUAUAUGCUGCCCGGAGUUCGGAGGUGAAGCAAUUUAAAUACUACUACAGACAGUGCUCUAGCUGUAACUACUUUCGUGUUCAAUUAGCUACGGAACUCCAACGAAAUUACAACUUAAGCAAAGUAUAAACCAAAGCCAGAAGUUUACGCUGCACGCUGAUCUUAUGUUAGAAUGGGUUGGCGUUGCUGCUCGCUGGAUUCCUGCUCGAAGGCCUCGUGCUGAAGGAGGACUUGCCG